CAGGUGCGCGCGUGGCUCCGGCUGCGCAGGAACAGCUGUUGGCUCGGGAGGCGGCUAGUGAGCGGGCGGGCGUGGGGUGCUGGUGGCCGGCCGGGUCACGCUGCGGGAGCCGCCGCCGCCUUGCACCAUUGCACCAUGUCCGGCCAGCUGGAGCGUUGCGAGCGCGAGUGGCAUGAGCUGGAGGGAGAAUUUCAGGAGCUGCAGGAGACACAUAGGAUCUACAAGCAGAAGCUGGAGGAGCUGACCGCUCUGCAGACACUGUGCAGCACCUCCAUCAGCAAGCAGAAGAGGCAUCUCAAGGACCUGAAGCACACGCUCCAGAGGUACAAGCGCCAUUCCAGUCAAGAGGAGGCAGAGCUCAUCCAGCAGAUAGGCGCCAACAUUAAGGAGCGGCAGAAUGUCUUCUUCGACAUGGAGGCCUACUUACCGAAGAAGAAUGGGCUCUACUUGAAUCUGGUUCUUGGCAAUGUGAACGUGACCCUGCUCAGCAAUCAAGCCAAGUUUGCUUACAAGGACGAGUAUGAGAAGUUUAAGCUCUACCUGACCAUAAUCCUGCUUCUGGGUGCCGUGGCCUGUCGCUUUGUCCUUCACUACAGGGUGACAGACGAAGUCUUCAACUUCCUGCUCGUGUGGUAUUACUGCACCUUGACCAUUCGGGAGAGCAUUCUCAUAAGUAACGGUUCCAGAAUCAAAGGCUGGUGGGUGUCUCACCAUUACGUCUCUACGUUCCUGUCUGGAGUGAUGCUGACGUGGCCUAAUGGACUAAUUUAUCAGAAAUUUCGAAAUCAAUUUUUAGCCUUCUCCAUUUUUCAGAGCUGUGUUCAGUUCCUACAGUACUAUUACCAGAGGGGCUGUCUCUACAGACUGCGGGCCCUGGGGGAGAGGAACCACCUGGACCUCACCGUGGAAGGGUUCCAGUCCUGGAUGUGGCGGGGCCUCACCUUCCUCCUGCCUUUCCUCUUCUGCGGCCAUUUCUGGCAGCUCUACAAUGCCGUCACGUUGUUCGAGCUCUCCAGCCACGAGGAAUGCAAAGAAUGGCAGGUGUUUGUGCUGGCUCUCACCUUCCUCAUCCUCUUCCUCGGCAAUUUCCUGACCACACUCAAAGUUGUGCACGCCAAACUCCAGAAGAACAGAAACAAGACAAAGCGGCCAUGAGCCUUCGGACUCUUGUGUCUGGGGUUCUUAGGACUUAAGACUGCUGAGGAUUCCAGUCAGCGCCCUGGCUGCCAGUCACUGGUAGCCACAGGCAGCAGCAUCUCAGGGGCCAGCAGCAUCGCUGAGAGCAGGGCCGAGGCCCCGGUCCCUGGCCAGACACGAGGAAUGUGAAGGCCGCCUGUGCGCACAGUAUUAGCCUGCCCCAUCUCCGUAUUUAUAACGUAUUUAAUGCCGGGUCUUCCCCACGUCCCUGGAAUCGGAGGCCUUUCCCCAAAGCUCUGGGUAACGGCGGUGGCCAGGUCUGUGUCUGUCUUCCAGGGAAGGGCAAAAAGCCUCAGGGAACCCCUCUCUUCCUACUCCUGUCAUUUGAACCCCUCACGGGGGUUUGGCUGUGCCUCACCGGGGUUGGCUUUAGCUGACCUGCUUUUACCGUGUCCCAGGCACUGGGCGGAAUGAAACUUUGAGCAUCCUGUGGAGUGGCCCCCCGCCCUGGGCCACCACUCUGCUGUAAGCCUCCCACAGGCCCCACUCUCUGUGGUGGCGGGGGAAUAUUUUAGUUCUCAGAGAACCUACCAGUCUUGUCUCUUGCCUUGUGUCUCCUGAACCGCCUUUCUACUGGCCACUUGGGGAGAGUGGCGCAGCCUCCUCGGAUCUUCGAGAUCUCGGCUCCUUGGAGCCCGGGCGGCAGGGUUUUAAGGACGGUCUCCACCAGGGGGCGCCAAGCCUCUGGGUUGUUUGCGUUCUAGCCGGCUACUGGGGGUUUCAUGUUGGCACCCUUCAGCCUUCCUUCACAAACUCGCUGUGAGAACUUGACAUAAUCCAGACCCUCAGCGUGACUGGCAUUUAAGGUCACCCAUUCCCUGCCCCUCUCCACCUCAGGGGUUCUUGUUUGUGUGGGAAGGGGAGGGGUGGGGCCUGAGUGGGCUCAGCCCAAGGUGCGACCCUGUGAGAUGCAGGCAGCAGCAAGGCGGAGGAAGAAACAGGCCCAACUGAGUGUCCUGCCCCCUCCCACCCACGGGCCCCAGCUGCCCACCCAGCUCCACAUCACAGCUGUCGUCCUCAGACAUGCUUCAUUCGGUCCUCACAGUUUUUAAAUUCUUUAGUUAUGCGAUAAAAAUGAGAUCUCACCUUCUCCCACGCUGAGAUGCCACAGAAGAAUCCAGAUUUCUGUUUACCUUACUAAAAUGGAAAAACCUGGCAACAUUCCCAAAGGGCAAGAGCAGGCACCUGCUCCUGUUUGCCGCGGCCCGCCCCUCCCUUCAUCCCUGCCCUACUUCUGUCCUUGGUCUCCUGUCCUUGAAUCACCUGGCCUGGCCUGUGCAGGUAUGCCCCAGAUUAGGAAUCAGCAAAGUUUCCCCAUUAAGGCCCAGAGAAUGAGUAUGUUAGGCUUUGUGGACUAGUCCUGUGGUAACUUCAGCCUGCAGUUGUAGAACAAAAACUGCCAUUACAUACUUGUGGCUUUUCAAUAAAACUUUAUUUACAAAACCAGGCAGGGGCUACAUGUGGCCCACAGGCUGUGGUUCACUGACCACUGCUCUACACCUUUCUAUCCACAACGUCUAGGAUUCGGAGAGAGCAAGAGGUCCUUGGUUGGCUCCUCAGGGGACAGGGCCUUGGACAGGGGAGGGGGUCCUUGGCAACCUGACCUUGGGGGCUGAGUCAGGAGGUACUGGGACAGACGGGUCAGCCAAGGCCAUGGUUCCAUGGUCGGGUGAUGCCCCCUUCAUCUCGGAGGCACUGAAGUGGGAUGCCUGGCUUGAAAAGUUCUGAAACGCAGACUCUAGACCUUCUAGAAGGUGUCAGGACUCGAGAAUCUUGCCGUGGGAGACACCGGCGAUCUGUAGGCGAGUUCCGAGAAACUGUCCGGUGUGGGAAGGGGUGGCCAUGUCAGUUCUGGAACGAGGCAGGGGUAGCCUACUCCCGACCUCCACGUCAUGGUGAGGCUGACCACUCAGAUGACCCAACCCCAGCCAUUUAGAGAUGGGGCAUAGUCCAGGGUGAGCGCAUCCGUCAGGAGCCUGGGCACUGGCUAUCAGGAGUCUCCAGUGGAAAUCGGCUGAGGGUUUGGAGGAGAGACUGCAGCAGGAGUCAGAUGGGCGGCCUACAUUCAUUUUGACCUUUUGAGAGGUUGUUUCUUCUGCACUUUAACAUGUGUCUCAGUCUGUGGCCAAGGCUGAGGCAGAAGUCCUCAGUGUGGUGUGAAGGGAGAGGCCAGUGCCAGCCUCAUGUCCGGCUUGACGCCUGCAUUCUCCUGAUAGGCUGUGGCCGCCAGGUUCCUGAGGGGAAGCAGGAAGGGGCUGGAGGAUGUAGCUGAGCCUAUCUCAAGAGCUCACGGAGACGGGGACUCUGAACAGCAUUGCACAUCCACAUGUUGCUCUGAGGUUUUAGCAUGAGUUGGGUUUGGAAAGGAAACAGGCGUGGCUAGGGCAAGGAGGAGCUGUGACAGGGAGGGCCCUCCCGCAGCCUGGCGAUGAGUGCCCGUCCCAGGGUAGAGUGCCGGUGGGGUCUGGCAUCUGCAUUCACCGCUGAACUACAGUGUGACCCCGAAGGGGAUAGUUCCAGAAUGUUCUGAGAGUCUAGCCCUGGCGCCAGGCACCGCAAGGCUGUGAGGGGGCCGGGGUCCCUCGCUGCGACAGUUCCCCCAGGUUCACAGCAGCAGGCAGAUCCUGUGCUUUUUCUUCCUCUGUGCUUUCUUGAGGGCGCUGAGGGCCACCUUGGCGGCUUCCCUGAAAACAUCUUCCACGUUCUCCCGAAACUUGGCAGAACAUUCCAGAUAGAGUGCAGCUUGCAUCUGUUCACAGGCACUCAGGCCCUGGGGAGGGCAGGGAGAGGGAGUGUUAAUUAGAUGAGGGGCCUGGGGCCUUCUGACACCCCUAAAGCUUGGGAGGCCCUCCAGAGUUGGAAACCUAACCUUGGGGGGACCCCUGCCUCUCCACGGCUGGAUGGAAGAAGCCCCUUGCUGGCCCUCACCCAUCUCCUUCUCUCGCCAGCUUCCAGCAGAGAGGGGAACUGAGUUCUGAGACCUGGGGCCAGGGCUACCUCUCAAGCUGUAUCCCUGUUCCUUGACAGGGCAAUUUAGGCAACUGAGUUUCCUGGCAGGGUGAACUAAUAAAAAUCUUGGUCUUCCUAUUA